CUUGUGCAUCUGGGUUUCAGGAGUAAGACAAAGGCAUGCGAGAUGCUUGUGGCCGCUGAGUCGCGUGAUUCGUGCUACUCGAGCUGCUCCGAGGAAUCGCAUAGUUCGCUUUCCCGAGAAUCAUCGGACGAUGUUGCGAAGGAGAUCGAGAAACUGCACGUUAGAAACACCGAUUCAAAAGUAUCUCCCGCUUCUGCUGCGGUCAUCGAGAGCACAACGCUUAAAUAUACUUCAUUUGCGACAAGACUGGGUUAUUCCGUAAAACAGUUACAGACGGUUGUUGAGAAACUUGGAGCCAGUGCAGUUGAGGAUCAGAUACUCAGUGAACUCAUUAAGCUAGGAAAUGGUGCUUCAGACGACGAGCACUCAAACGAGGCAGAUGGUACCCCUCCAGAAACACCAGUGCUUUCACCGUUUCGCAGUAUCGUCAUUGACGGAUCCAACAUUGCUAUGACGUUCGUUUCAAUCUUGUCCUUUUUCAACUUUUGGCAAUAA